CAGCCAAACGAGUUUCAGACCCCCUGCCUUUAAACUUCAAGUCGUCAUCUAGCACGUUCUCUUCCAAGUCGUCUCUUGACUUGCUGCAGGUCGCUGUCGUCAAGAAUGCCAGAAGGUCCCUCUCGAAACACCCGCAAAGGGAGAUCCGUAUCACUUCAUAUCCCAAAGCAGUGCGAUCCCACGCCAGUACCCCCUUCCCUCGCCGAUUCACCACAUCUGUCGUCACCGUUUAGCGUAUUUCGUCGAAAAUCAACCCUCCUGAAGUCACCUUCUAGGGAGGAUGACGAAUGGCUAAGAGACAUGGUACCAUUGGGAAGGGAGAAUAUAAAACGUAGCGGGUCGUCGGCAGUCACUUCAGCGCAGACAUCACAAGAUAGUACGCCUCCCUCGUCUUCGGAGCAGAGCCGUGCCACAUUAUCACCGAGAUCUUCCAUGUAUCCGAGUCGUUCAUGGUCGUCUCCUUCAACACCAACCGUUAUUCCUGUUGACUUGCAGUCCUCUGACUUGCAAUUGCCGGACGCGCGGGACACUCGGGUGUGAGUUCAGCGUCAUCGCGGGUUGUUUAUUUGGGUUUUAUGUUUAUCUGGAUAUUAUCUGGGGUAUAUUUGUCCAAGCGCUUGUCUUUCCAUCACUACAUCGUUCACGCAUUAGAUCACUGGUCAACUGUAACCUAUUUCAUCUUGGUUUAGUUUAUUCACUUGUACUGUGUUGUAUUAUAUAGCGAUUAUCACGGCUCACAUCACGUCU